AUGACCAGUUCGCUGAUAGAGAGCGAGGCAACUCUCCAGGAGUCUUAUCUUCGUCUUGAAAGUCGCCUAGUUGAACGUCCACAGACACCUUUGUCAGGUAGCAGGCGUGUCGAGACCGCUACAAACAACGGGGUACAGGUAGCAGCAGCGGCCGGGAGUGAACGGCAAAUCGACACGAGUGUGGAUGUCUUCAGCGCGGGAAGUUCAAAUACAGUUCCUACGACUCCUGUGUUUAAUCUUAAUUCAGCCUAUCAGAAUUUCAGGACAGAAUCGACAUCGCUAGAUCACAACAACGCUAGAAGGACAAAUUAUAGUUAUGCUGCCGAGUCCCUGCCUUUAGUGGAGACAGUUUCACCUGCCUUAAGACAAAGCAUAAUUACAGAUGGGGCGUUUCCGGAUGUUGGCGCCACACGCAGAUGUCCUUCCGGUGCCAUGUCUGCCCAUGUCUUCCCUCCUCAUGAGUUGAAUCCCGAGGUGGACUGUUUAUGGAAUGCAAACCUUAGUGCUAGAACUUUAGCCACCUAUAAGUCAGCUUUGAACUGUUUCCUGACAUUUGUGCUUAUGAUGAUGGGUAUUACUUUCCCGGUAAACUCUCUUCCACCUGUUGACGAAGAACUGUAUCUUCUCAUCUCGAUGACGUUUUACCCGCCACUUUUGUUGGUCCUGCUGCUGACUCUAAGACAGACGACAGAAGCUAUCACUGUCAUACGGAGUUGGGUUCCCGCUCGACAAAUCGAAGUGUGUGUCAAGGAGGCGUUACUUGUGCCCGAGCUGUAUAUAGAACAGGUCGGGGGGUUCUUCUUGCUGAGGCGCUGCACUUCCGGUACCUUGUUCUCCAUCCCCGCCUGCGGUUGCGUAGAGACCUUUCCCGUCCCCGAGGUCCUCACCACAACCCAUAGGACAACUACUACAGCUGUUACAUCAACAGGAAUCCAAGGAGUACCAGUUCCCUCCCAAGAUGACGGGCAAUUUGGCGAUUUCUGUGGACCUUCUUUCCGGUUUAUUUACAAUCGGACGACCAUGUCGGACGAUCGCUCUGUGCCAUCUCUUGCCACAAAUUCCGUCCGGUUUGUUCGACUAGCCGGAAGUGUAGGGGAGACAUCAUUGUUACUAGGGAGAGAUGGAUUCUUAACGAUAUGGACGAUGAGCUACAUAACAUUUGCUCAUCGAUUUAAAUUUAUGCUUCGAUUUAAGUUACACGAGAACUUUGAGUACCAGGACCAACUUUACAACUUGUUUGGAGAUGGACCUUGUGGAAAUUAUACUUCUAAAUAUAGAAUCAGUGUGAACCCCGUUAAACGUGAGGUACAUGCUGAUGUAACUCUAAGGAACCGUGCCAUGGUCAAUCUUGUCUUGUCAGAUGUGAGACUGGACGACUGGACGGUGGUGGAGCUGGAGGCCAUGCGAGGACAGGUCCGUCUCGUCAUUGACCACAGGGAACGUAGGGAUUACAUUGGAGCUUCUACCAUAAAAUCGUCCCCGUGUCCUAUGGAGAUCGGGAAGGAGUCGUCGACAGCAGCGGGGUUUGUCGGCUAUAUUGACAUGCUUGCCUUUCACAACUGUUUUGGAAACUAGGGAAGUAAGGUGCCUGAGGCCGAGAUGACGUGUUUCCGAUGUACGGAAACGAAUUUUAUAACGCAAUUCCGGUUGGAAGGAAAAGUAUGACAACUUACACACAUUGAGUGCUUGUAAGUUAUAUAAUAGGAACUGACUUGUUUAAUUGCUGAAGAGCCUUGAACACGCUCCGACAUAUGAGUAUUUUGUGUCUUCCUUGAACAUGUACCGUGUCGGACAGUAUACUGACCCUUUUUUAAUUUCCUUAUCAUGUAAAGUAUGAUAGAUAACAGGUCAGAAACAAUGAGAGGUUUUCCGAGUUGUCGUCAAUUUGAGCAAUUUGUUAAGGAUUGUCACUCAUUGUAACAUUUAAAAGAUACUUAUCAGAUCAACAACAGUCUUCUCUAGAAGUAUCUCAUCACACCGCCAAUGAUGAGUUUAAUAAAGAAACAAUUGUGCGAUUCAAUAUGUACGUUCGUUGGAGCACACACUCACGACGAGAUACAUUAUGAAAAUCCCUAACAGAUCGUCAGACCCUUAUAAAAGAAGCUUAAAUGAAUAACAGUAUUUAAAUGACUCAAAACAUCCUAUGUAGAAUGUUUAACAAUCUUCUAUUUACGCUAUGAUACCAUUAAAAACACUAGAUCGUGACAAGAUAAAACGAGAGUGUCUACGGCUGAUGGUGACCUACGACAGUUUCAGGCUGUUUGUUGCAUGGUGACUUGGCUGUUUAAACGACACCCGGACAAGGUGGGCUGAAGGCAUAUUGCAGCAAUGUUUUCAGAAAAAGCAUCCGACGUGUUCAUACACGCAACACUUCAGGAACGAUGACCAUCCUUUAAGCAACGUUCAACUGUAAAAAAUGCAGCUGUCCUGUGGCGUCAAAUGUCGCUUGCUGCGUAAUCACCAUUAUGAUGCAUAUCUGCUGUCACACUGAUCUAGGUCUAUGUAUAUGUCAGAUAAGAUUCAUAAAGGAAGAAAAAAAAUGAGGAAAAUGGAGAAAUAAUGACACUGCUGUUAUAUCUUGUCCGUUAGCAAUUUUUCUAUGUCUGGUAAGACGUGUUUGGGAGAGUCUCACUUAAGCUCAUUCGGUAGAGCAUCAGACCAAGAAACUGAACGUUCUGACUUCAAUUCCUAGCGGAAGCAGUGAAAUAAUUAUUUCCUCUGUUACAUUGUCGCGGUCAUCUGUAAUGAACAAUGGUUUUCGACAACAAUAAUGAAGUUCAUGCCAUAUAUACUGAAUUUUCUAGUGCAUUUGACAAGUUUAGACAUACAUUACUAUCCCAUGAAUUUAAAUCAAAUGGGAUUAACGGUUAUGUUUUUGAUAAGUUCAACACCUACCCAUGUAAUAGAUAAUAAUGUGUUGUGAUAAACGGUGCAACUUCCGGUUGGUGCGAUGUACCUUCCGGCGUUCCACAAUUUUUAGUUUAGGACCAGAAUUAUUUGUUCUUUUAAUUAACGAUCUGCCAUCCAAUUUUAAACUUGUCGCUGUUUGCUGAUGAUAGCAUGUUAUUAGACUGUUAGACUGUUAAAGAUAUUUCAGAUUGUGAGCAAUUGCAAAAAAGUUUUGAAAGGGUGUAUGUUUGGUGUUAAGACUGGAGAGUAAAAGUGUAUGUACACAUUGUGUUCCUUUAUUUCUCUUUGUCGAAAAAUAAAAUAAAUUACACCUAAAUUAUGGGAGGGGAGAUCUUGAUCAAUGAAGCAAGCGUGAACAAGAAAUGUGUACAUCAAAACUGUCAGAAGCAGACUUGUAUGAGUACUGUGCUAAUUUUGCCCCUCCGUAUAAUGAUCUAAAUAAAAAAAAAUGUAAAGUUUUGAUGUUAUAAAACCACUGACACAAAUUUUGAUGAUUCACCAUAAACAAACAUCUGCAAGCAUUUUGAUUGACUAAGUUUGGAAUGUAAACAGAAAUGUUUAGACGCUGUGUUCUGUUUGACUUGUGUCCAUAGCCACUUCGACUGAUCUUUCCUGAACAAUUCUUGUUUUUUAUGUAUCGGGACGAAUUCUUUUACAGCCCAAUUUGCAGACGUAAUGAUCAUAAACACGGGAAUUUAUAUCAGAGACUUGAAAUUAUAUCUCAUUUGUUAAAUUUUGUUUUAUAGGACCUAUUUCUGAUGAAUGUAAGUAAAAUAAAUAGGGUGGUUGCAAUAUGAAUUUUCCUUAUCAGAAAACAACAAGCAGUUUUAUGAACAAUUACCGGAUAUAUACUCGUGUAAAUUGCCGCUUUAGACAUCUGCGAGUGUUCACACUUUCUUAUAACGAAGUAAAUACUUCCGUUCACUCGUACACGUUUAUCUUAUCAAACAGGAAAUUAAAUUUAAAAUAUGACGCACUUGUAAUAGUACACAUACAGUAAAUGUUGUCAAUAUUGUUCAACUAUAUCUCCAGUGUUUCUAAGUUACCUUUAGCAUUUCGUGUUUCCUGUAGCAUUUCAAUGUGCUUCUUUAAUAAUUCUUUGUGAAGCUUUGGUAUUUCUUUGUCUUAUCUUUUGUUUUUUCUGGUUACGUAUAGAUCUGCCCGUACGGUGUACAUAUAUAUACUAGUAUAUAAUAUAUGUGUCUCAUACGAGGUCAUCACUCUACAGACAUGCAUUUCGACUUUCUGCGGUCAAACACUAUGUCACUGUAUCAAUAAAUAGAGUUUUAUAUGAGCUCUACAUACAGACUUCAUCACUUUUCCCAUUUUUACGAAACUUUACACACAUGUUCAAAACAUCAUGUCGCCAACAAGUUUGCAUUUCGACCUUCGUGCAGUCAAAAAACUCCGCAAUUCCUAUGACUUUGAAGUGUGAGGGUAUUCGUAUCGUCUGCUAUGCUUUGUUUUCAGUGUUAUUUAUUUGUGUUGUCUUUAGUAUUUCGUAAGGGUGGUCGGGUGGCGCAAUAGAUAACGCACUCCCCUUUUACCAAGGCGACCAGGGUUCGAUUCCCCGAUCGGACGUGGGUUUUCUCCAUAGACUCCAGUUUCCUCCCACAUAAAGACCCCCGG